UGUAUUUACACAAAUACCUUGGAGAGCAACCCUGGAGCUGGACUCCAGUGAAAUUGUUUUACUUUCUUCUUUCUUCUUUCUUUGCAGUUUUAGUUGUUAAAGAUAGCCAUGCCAGAAAAUAUCAGUAUAAAAGUGAUUGGUCGCUGUCGACCACUUACAGGAGAAGAAUCUAGCAAAGGCGUAAAAUCAGUGGUCAAAGUUUCUGGUGAUAAGAUUUUAUUAGAACUUGGUGGAAAGGAGCAGUCAUUUGGAUUUGAUGGAGCCUACUCUGGAGAAGUUAAGAAUGAACAGAUUUUUAAGGAGAAAUGUGAGACUAUGUUACAAAGAACGACAGAAGGAUAUAAUUCUACCAUUAUGACAUUUGGGGCAACAGGAGCAGGUAAAAGUCACCUGAUGUCAGGCACAGACGACAAUCCAGGGAUAGCUCCACAGAUGAUCAAGAGAUUAUACCAACAUAUAGCUGAGAAAAGUAAUAGAGAAUUCUUCAUAACUGUGUCAUACUUACAGGCAAUGGAUGAGAAGAUGAUGGAUUUAUUAAACCCUCACAACAACCAGAUGACAAUCAGACAUCACCCACAUAAAGGAAUAUUUGUUGAUGGUUUAUCUGAGAUGGUAGUCCAUAGUUACGAUGAAAUGUCAGAGAUGUAUGAACAAGGCAGGAGAGUUCAUGAAGCUGGAGGUUCUGAUCUCAAAGGCAGCAGGGCAAGAGCUCAUUCUGUAUUUAGUAUAACUAUAGAACAGAAGGAGAGACAAUCCAGUAAAGUAGGAGUCAGAUCUGUCCUUACAUUGGCAGAAAUUGCAGGGUUUGACCAUGGAGGCAGCACAGAUCCAAAAGUUGUUGCAGGUGUUCAAGGUAUGGCAAGUGUUUUAAAUGCUUUAGGAGGACCAAAGAAAGGAGGAGCCAUUCCUUAUAGGGAUUCUGUCAUCACUAGAGUUCUCCAGGAAAGUCUUGGAGGAAAUGCUGUUACUAUGGUUUUUGCAGUUGUCUCCCCUGUUGACAAAUCAGCCCAGGAAACCAUGACAACACUACAGUAUGCACAAUAUGCUAAGAAUACAAAGAAUCAUGUUAAAAUGAAUCUGGAUGAAACACAUGAUAUAAUUAAUGAUUUGAGAGAUGAGAUUUCCAAACUUAGAGAAAAGAUUGCAGCACAAUCACAACCUAACAAGGAUGAUGUUCUGAAGAUGGAGGCAUUGGUUCAAGAUUUACAGAUAGCCAAGAGGUCUACUUGGGAGGAAAGAGAGAAACAGUCCAGUAAAUAUCAAAAUGAAAGGAAAACUAAUCUGGCUAAUAAGGGUGUACUUGAAUGGGUUCAAGACAGUAUGAAGAAAGGUAACAGAGAAUUACAGGAAAAGUUAAUGCUGCUUCAGAAAGAAAAAGAUCAGUUGACCUAUCAAUAUAAAGAGAGAAGGAAGGUUGUAGAUGAUCUUAAUGAAGAAUUACAGAGGAAAAUAGGAGAAUAUUCAAAACUUACACAAAGUGGAAAGUCAUCUGAAUCUGAAACAAAGAAGAAAGUUACUGCUGUACAUGACUUGAAAGAAAAACUGAAGAAAGAAACUGAUGGUCUAAAAAGAUUGAAAGAACAAUUACAAGAACUGACGGAGAAACAGAAAAAUGAAAGAGAGAAUGCUAAGGCUCAGAUAACAUCACUAAAAGGAAAUGCAGAGCUGAGGCAGAAAAUUGAGCGUGAAGAAAGAGAACAUUUAGAGAAAGAGCAUGCAGCACUGGUACAUUUUGAAAUUGACAAAAUGAAGAUGGAUAUUGAAAAUCUGAAACAGGACAUCCAGAUGAAGGUCAACAAAGGUCACACCUACUCUUCUCAGGAAGGAGAACUUUUAGAAGUGCAUGUUGCUGAAAUGAAGGCUGAGAAAAAUGUUACAACACUCCAGAUUCAGCUGUUAGAGAAAGAGAAAGCCAGAAUUGUACAAGAGUUAGAAGAUGUUCAUAAAGUACACAAAGAUGAGCUAGAAAUUCAACAACUUCAACAUUUCCAGACCUUUAGAAGUUACAGAGAGAUGUUUGAGGAACAGAAAAUAGCCUUAGAUCAGAGAUACAGACAGCUAUUAGAGGAUGCCAUUCAGGAUGCUGUGUUCUUGUCAAGUCGUAACAAUGAAUUACAGGACGAAAAUAAAUCACAAAGGCAACAUAUUGCUGAGAUGAAGGAUGUGAUAACGAAACUUGGAGGAAGAAUUCCACCAGAACCUGGUAUGACUGCUUAGAACAAUGGUGUUGGAUACAGAUCUGGACUUCUAUCCCCUGUCAAAACAUUUUGCAAACAUGUAUCAAUACGACUUAGUAUAAAAUUCAAGUUAUUCUUCAAUAGUUACUAAAGGGCUGUUCAAUUCAAAAUUGUGAGAUUUUCAUGACAGACAAAUGAAAAGGAUGUUAUUGGUAAUUCCAUUAAAAUUCUCUUGGUGUAUACAUUGAUUCUAUGAUGGUUUUUGUGUUUUAAAUGAUUUGGUUUGAACAGCCCUUUGAUAUAAUAAUCAAAAGAAUGAACUGUAAAUUGUUAACUGUUUUUCCUCCUAAUACUGGUAGUUAAUUAACUCUUGCCACAAAAUAUUACAAAACACUGAAUUAUUUCCCCCUUAUAUAGAAGUUUAUAUGUAAACAAUCAAACUUAUUGAAGUUGUUUACAUAUUAGCUACAUGAUAAUUCAGAUUUACUUUGAUUCUUUGACAUUGUCAGAAUUUUUAAUUCUUACAUUUAAUGUAAAUUUAUUGCAGUAUAAAUUUCCAAAGACAAAAAUAUUUUUUAUAUUAUAAUGGAGGCAUGUUAGUUUUGUAAUCAAAAAUUCUGUCCACAUUUAUCUAUAAUAAUGUUUGUGUUAUUUGGAACAGAACAGUUUAAUUAUAAUCAUUCCGUCCACUUUCAACAGCUUCCAUCCAGUCUCCAUGUUGUGUAAAUGUAUAUGUAAAUAAUAAAAAAAUUGCUACUUUUUUAAGUGCUGGUCACUUAUUUGUUAUUUUUAUAUUAUUGAUAAUUUUGAAAAGAUAUAUUUUUAUGUAUUAUUCAUAUUUAUAACUGUAAUAAAAUUAUGAUAUUCCUACAAACUGGAAGCAGAAAUAGAUUUAACAAAUUUUUAAAGGUUGUUCAGAAAUAUUUGUAUUGGAGAGUUGGAGCAAGGAGGCAUAAGAAAUAAGUUUUUGGUGACAUUUUCAAGAUUGUUUUACAUUUUAUGUAAUUGUUUUUAAGGUUUUAUUUUAAAGGUGCCUCCUGACUUCCUACAUUUAUAAAAAACGAUCUGAUUUUUUUUAACUAAUAUUUUUCAAUUAGAAAUAGUUACUGAUGUUCUCAUAUUUCUCUUUUUAAUUAUAUAACAUAAACUUGCAACUAUAUAUCCAUAAACUUUUGUAUUGAAAUAUUCAUAUAGUUUUUUUUAUAUAAAUUUCAUUAAUAACAAAAUUGCUAUUAUAAUACUCUACAUCUAAUGAAAUAAUAUAAAAGACACAAGGCAGAUAAACAUAUUUGAUGUCAUAUUUCAAACUUUAAAUGGUUGCAUUAGUUCAAAAUUAAAAUUCAAAUUAAAGAUCAUUUCUCCAUUUGCUCAACUUUUUAAUUUAUUAUUUUAUAAUUUAAUUUUCAAUGCCGGGAAAAAAUAUAUUAAACUUUACUCAAAUACUUUUCAGCUUAAAUUUUGAUAUUUGAAGAAACUAUGCAAUUUUGAUAACUUUUAUUACACUUAGUCUAGUGUUUAAAUCUUAGAAAUUGCAUCAUAUUAUAUAUUCUAGUUUAUGAUUACACCAGCACUUUUCACUAUGUAUUUGCACUUGAAAUCAUAAAAUUGUUUAAAAAUUCCAGUCUGGAACUUGGAAUUAAUUUUGUGCAAUAUGGGACCUGUAUUCUUAAGUGUUCUAUAACUUUUGAUGAUUUCUUGAAUCAUUUUAGUAAGGUCUAAAAUUCAAGAAAUAAUGACAAAAAUGCAAUAAAAUGAACAUUCCAAUAAUUUAAGCCAGUCAUUUUAUGCUAUGUACAGCUUGUGCUGGAAAAUCUUGAUCAUGGAUUCAUAAAUUUUGUCAGCAAUUCCAAUAAAUUCAUGUACUGUAAACUUUGAAAUUUCUGCUUAUUUUACAAUAACUUUCAUUAUAACAUUUUAUAUUUGGAAUAAUUUUG